AUGCGUGAGGCAAUCUGCAUUCACAUCGGCCAGGGUGGUGUGCAGAUCGGAAACGCUUGCUGGGAGCUUUUCUGCCUUGAGCAUGGCAUUCAGCCGGAUGGUCAGAUGCCCAGCGAUAAGACCAUCGGUGGUGGAGAUGACGCAUUUAACACGUUCUUCUCGGAGACUGGUGCUGGCAAGCAUGUCCCACGCUGCGUGAUGGUGGAUCUCGAGCCGACGGUCGUGGAUGAGGUCCGCACCGGAACCUAUCGUCAGCUUUUCCACCCCGAGCAGCUGAUUUCCGGCAAGGAGGAUGCGGCCAACAACUUUGCGCGCGGCCAUUACACGAUCGGGAAAGAGAUCGUCGAUCUGGUGUUGGACAGGAUCCGCAAGUUGGCCGACAACUGUACUGGCUUGCAGGGCUUCUGCGUGUACAACGCCUGCGGGGGCGGAACUGGCUCCGGCUUGGGCUGCCUCAUGCUCGAGCGCCUGUCCGUGGACUACGGGAAGAAGAGCAAAAUCUCCUUCACGGUGUGGUGCUGUCCACAGGUGGCAACAGCCGUGGUCGAGCCCUACAAUACCGUGCUGUGCGUCCACUCUUUGUUGGAGCACACUGAUGUGACGAUUAUGUACGACAACGAGGCGCUGUACGACAUUUGCCGCAGGAACCUGGACAUUGAGCGGCCGACCUACACCAACCUGAACCGUCUCAUUGCCCAGAUCAUCAGCUCCCUCACGGCCAGCCUUCGCUUCGAUGGAGCCUUGAACGUGGACAUCACGGAGUUCCAGACCAACCUGGUGCCGUACCCGCGCAUCCACUUCAUGCUCACGUCCUACGCUCCGGUCAUCUCCGCCGAGAAGGCCUACCAUGAGCAGCUGUCCGUUGCGGAGAUCACCAUGUCCGUGUUUGAGCCGGCUUCCAUGAUGGUGAAGUGUGAUCCGCGUCACGGCAAGUACAUGGCCUGCUGCAUGAUGUACCGCGGUGAUGUUGUGCCGAAGGACGUGAAUGCCGCGGUGGCCACCAUCAAGACCAAGCGCACCAUCCAGUUCGUGGAUUGGUGCCCCACCGGCUUCAAAUGCGGAAUCAACUACCAGCCCCCCACCGUGGUCCCAGGUGGAGACUUGGCCAAGGUCAUGCGCGCCUGCUGCAUGAUCUCGAACUCCACCGCCAUUGCAGAAGUGUUCUCGCGCAUCGACCACAAGUUUGACCUCAUGUACUCGAAGCGUGCCUUCGUGCACCACUACGUGGGCGAAGGCAUGGAGGAAGGUGAGUUCUCCGAGGCGCGCGAGGACCUGGCCGCGCUGGAGAAGGACUACGAGGAGGUGGGCAUUGAGACCGCCGAGGGAGAAGGCGAGGAAGAAGGCUACGGAGACGAGUUCUGA